GGGACUGUGGCAAUCUCCCCUGUUAUUUCUGGAGGAGGGUACCUUAAAAAUGUGAUCAGAUGUUUAGAGAUACACUAUUAUUACUAUACACUAUUAUUUUUAAAAAAUCGAAUAGUACAAGUCCAAUCGCUUACCGAUAAUCAUCAGUGAAAGUAUUAUCGUGACCUUUUUCAUAGAAUGCCACUAGUUGGAAUUUGGGACCACAUACUGGAAAAAAUCAUCCUUAAAAAUCGUUAAUGUAAAAAACGAAGUGGAGAAAGGCGGAAACCAGUUUUGAGUGACAACGUCACGCUCUGGUAUAGUACUGUGGUGAACGUGGUACUGUAGUAAUCGAAAUUUUGACGUAAACGGAUACGUAGAACAUGUUUACAACAUUGACGAUCUCAGACCGAGCCAUGUGACGUAUUGGAAUUAAACAAUACGUCGGUUUUCAGAAAAAAGAUAUAUUUAAUACUAAAGCCAAUGGGGGAUGAUGAGAACGAAGAAGGCAUCAGCAUCGAGAAAUGCAGCGAUCAUGUCCGACGACGAGCAUGAUCUUUUUCCUGCAAAUUUGCUGGACCGUCUUCCUAAUCAACGGCAAGAAAAUGGGCUCUUGGUCAGACCCCUCAGAACCACUGACUAUGAUAAAGGAUUUAUUCAACUGCUGGGUCAAUUGACUGAUGUGGGACACAUCGGGAGAGAUCAAUUUUUAAAUAGAUUCCAUAGCAUGAAAUCGGCCGGUGGACAUUAUGUGAUCGUAGUUGAGGAUUUAGAGGUGGGAAAGGUCAUCGGCAGUUCAACUCUAGUCGUUGAGCAAAAAUUCAUUCACAAUUGUGCACUCAAAGGAAGACUCGAAGAUGUAGUAGUGAACACAACUUACAGAGGCAAACAACUCGGGAAGUUAUUAGUAACAACAAUUGCUCAAUUAGCAAAGCGUCUACAAUGCUACAAAUUAUCUCUGGACUGUCGUGAUCGCUUAAUUCCUUUUUACGAAAUUUUAGGCUUCAAACGAGAGCCUGGAAAUGCUAAUGCUAUGAACAUGAGAAUUGAAGCGAUUAGUGAACAAUCUCGAUUGUGAUUCUUGCUUUGUCGAAUUUCGACAAUUUUACCUUAGAUUAGAACACAAAUUGAGUAAUUUCUUAAAAGAAAAUGGCAACUGAAAAUAGCGCAGGGAUGAAAUAAAAAGAAUUUCCACAUGAAAA